AACGAAGCGGCAACACAGUCGCUCAACAAGUGGCGCCAAAGCAGCAACCAUAAACGGUUGAACGGAAUAGCAAGCGCGUGAAUUGUGAAAUCGAAAAAGUAACGGUUAAAACGUUAUACUGUGGAAACGGAAGUGUGCGACAACAAAUAAGCGAAAAAACGAAUUAAAAUUUGUAUUCGUUUGACAAAAGAAUAGGUGAUUUUUGAUAAAGGACACACUUUUCAACUUACCGACAGCGGCAAGAAUAACCACAACAACAGCACCAACAACAAUUUGCGCAUCAACACUAAUCCCUGACUGAAACGUCAGACAAACAAACAAAGCAGGUCGCAACGCUCGAAGGCAACAAAAGCCAAGCGCAUAAAAAUAAACGCCAGUCUCACAGCUAUCUUAGCCAAAAGCCACACAAAUGCAGCGUAACGUAUUUCUCAUGUACGCCUUGCCCGCCGCUGUUUUGCUGCUCGGCAAUUGUUGGUAUGCAUACGCAUAUGUCGCCUUGCCAGCAGCCGGAGCCGCAGCAGCGGAUUUGGCGUCCAGCGCCAACGCACUCGGCGGCGCAGCAGACACGAAGACGUAUGCCAAGCAUAUGGCAGAAUUAAUGACCGCCACAUAUCCUGACAGAGCGGCGGGUUAUUUGAACGAUGUAGCCGGAAGCAUCGCCUUGCAGCCACCGCACCAAUUGCUGAAUGAGCCGAACGGACGUGCUGCGGUCUACGAUCCGGGUGAUGAGCUACUCCGCGCUUUGAACGCCGAAACCGCCGUCAAUGGCCAAGAGCUCGGCACGCUGCCCGAAGAACCCGAUUACGCUGACACUGUGUUUAACGAACUGGAAGUGGCAAACAAAUAUGAAAUGUUAAAUAAAUUGGAGAAAGAUUUGCGUGCGGAACAGGAUAUUGUUACUAAAUCAGCGGUGUUAAUGAAAAUGCUCGAGGAUCCGAAUAUACAAACGCUGCCGGUCAUCUAUGUAGAGGAGGAGGACGAAGACGAACCAUCUGAAGAAGACGGCAAUUUGAACGGUAGUAAUUUGGCAUAUCGUUUGGGUGGCAUGGGAGCGGGUGUAGCAAAGCGCUCGCGCUACUAUCGCCGUUAUCCAUGGAAGAGGCACAACAGAAAUCGCAGCACUUACGAGCCAGAAUUGCGUUAUGCCUGCACGCCCACCAAAGAGGAUGUCUUCAAGCUGCUAAUGAACCUGCAUGAGAAUCGCAAGGGCAAUCACAGUAAAACUGUCAACUUCUGCAAUCGCAAGCGGCCAGCCAAAGCCAUUUUCACCAAUAUACGCUUUCUGGGCUAAAUUGCAUGGAAAUCAAAGGACAUACUUAACGAGGCAACGGUAUACUACGAACUAUGAAUAUUUUAAAUGAAUGUGGACUACAAACGAAAUGUAUACGAGGUGGUAGAAUGUAUUAAGAAAACACGGCGGAAUGGAAGCAAUUGUUUACAAAAAUUAAAGUAGCUUUUAAACAUAAUUUCCAAACCAAAUUCUAUAUGUAUAAUUAAAUUAAAGUGAAAAACUAAAAAUCUGUAAAAUAUGAAUAAAAAAUUUCAAUGGAGAAACAAAAGAAUUGUAGGCCCUUUAAGCAGCUAUAGUGUGUAGACAUUUUUUCGAAGUUAAACAUUUACAAAAAAGCAUAUAUUAUAUUUAUAUAAUAAUAAACAGUAUUUUAAUUAAUUAUUCUGACGAGUGACAGUGUUAUCAUAUUAUUAACAUAAAAUAUUUAAUUCAUCGUAUUAUGUAGUUGUGUCACUGAUACAACAAAAAUAUGUAUAUACUAAAUGGUUUUGGAAAAAAUAAAUGUAUGAUUAUGAAUUUUUGCAAAGUUUUCAGCAAAAGUAAAGUAAAACACAGACACUUUGAACCUAUAAUAGCAGCAGCGUGAAAUUAAUAAUUUUUUUCUGAUAUCUGGAAUUUCAAAAAUUUGAUAUUUUUGAGAUCAAAGAAAAUGAUAAAAAAUUUUAAAAUUUUAAUUUUAAUUUUGCUGCCCAUAAUUAUACGGUUGAAAAAUAAUUUUUCAACAAAAUAUUGGAUUACAAAUAUUAUAAAAAUUUUCAAAAAAAAAAAUAUUCAAAAAAUUGCGUAUGUUUAAACAUGUCUUAGUUGUCUGCACAGCCAACUGAAUUUAAUUUUAGCAAACUUGUCAAUGAAGGAAAAAAUUUGUAGCCCACACAUGCAACAUUACCCUCACAACUUAUGUAGUAUGUAGGUGUGAACAACAAUAUCAUAUCAAUUCAAUUUUUUCCUUAAAAAACUAGCGUAAACGUAUUUUAUGCACAUAUUAUAUUUAAAAAAGUAUAGAAAUAGUAGACACAUGCUGUUGUAUAUAAUAACAAAGGACUAUAUAUGUAUGUAUGAUAACUAAUUGCAAGUUAAAUAAAAAUACAAACCCUUAAGCGCACGUAAUUUAAUUAUUGUACAUACGUAGUUACUAAAUAUUUACUAAAAUCUUAAUUACAUAGUUGCAUAUGUUGACGUACACUUCCCUAUACUGUAUAUGUAUGUAGUUGUGGCUCUGGUUCGUUUAAUUAUGCACACACACAUCAGUAAGUAUAUAAACUUGUACAUAAAAACAAAAACAAAAAAAAUUAAAAUUUAAUCACUAGAGAUUUACAGUUGAAAAAUUCAAUAUAUACAUAUAUAGUAGUAGAUGGGCACUAUUGUUCUACCAAAGCAUGAUUUGUUCCUCUAAAAAUGUGCAAAAAUUAAAAAUAAUACAUAUUUACCAACUAGCUACAUAUAUGUAGUAUGUGUGUACAUAGAAAGUCUAAAAAGUAUGGCAACUUAUGUAAGAGAUAUGUAAUAAAUAAAACUAAUUAUAAUAAACGGGACUA